AUGAUAGACGAUCUCAGGAUCGAUUUACGUGACUGUCGUUCUGCUGAUCGCCUCGAUAGGAGCCGAGCUAUCGCUCCUGUGGCUCCUGUUGCAGCCGCCUCAGCAAUUCCAGCAGUCCCAGCUACUGUGCCCCUGGCUUCGAUGGCCAUAGCUACCAUCGCCUUGGUUGCUAUCGCAGCCGAUACCACAGUCUCGAAAGCUGCACCAGCUGCCACAACCCACUCUUCUGCACAGCACCCGGACGGAAAACCGGCGCGCACGCCUCUUCCGAGCGGCCGAACCAGCGCGGCCCCUACUACAACCGCCACACUCGUAUCUCUGAACUAUAUAGCCUUCCCUCCUUCCAUAGAUAAUAAUCAUCCUCUUGUCCCCCCUCUUGAUUCUCCCUCUUUUCUACCACCCCACCCACCACAACCCGGCGCUCCCAUCCCAGACGCUAACUUUACUGCUACCCGCUACGCCUGCCCAUUCCAAGGCUACACGAAAGAUUUCGACAAGGAUCGUACCUACAAGCGCCACUACGGAGAUGUCGACCACCUCGGCAACCGUUGGUAUUGCCAGCAAUAUUAG